AUGUCCGACAAUCCUCGUCAUCUAAAUCCACAGUAUCGGCGGCGGCACAGGAUAGAUCCUGAGCGCGAGGGAACUGAUAAAGACUAUGGAGCACACAAGCAAACAUGGAGCGAAAGAUUUACUAGACUCGGAUAUAUCCUGAUCCAGAUUGCCUCUCUCCGAAAGCCGAUCUUCGGACCACCGCGUCGACGGCCUCCUCCCGAUCGCAAAUACCGUCAUGACCACAAUCGGCACCGCCGUAGUAGGACGAGAACCCCGUCUCGGGGACGCCACAAGAGCCUCCACAGGCUUCAAAGAGACCGAAGCUAUAGUAGCCAUCGCAGGAUAGCCCUCUCCGAUUCAGAAACAGAUCUUAGGGGGGACCAGGAAUACAAAGGCUCCCAGUCCACAGAAGUUGUAACGCCAGAUCACCGGGGUGCCUUUCCCGAGCCAAAGAAUGCAGGUGCUCCUCCAAGCUCUGUUACGCUGUGCCCCAGUGAUGGCCUUCAAAGGGAAGGCGCCGUUGAUGCCGACAUAACUCCUAAGACGUGGCCAGAGCAGCGAGAGAAAAGUUCUCCCAUUGCCCCCGUUGGCUCUUCUGCCUAUGUCGACUCUCUUAUCGCCCCCAAGCCUGUCGUGUCUGUCAAGUCUAUCAAGUCUGUCAAGCCUGUCAAGUCUAUCAAGCCUGUCAAGUCUAUCAAGUCUGUGGACUCUACUGUUUCCUCUUUAACUCAGGGGAAUGAGUGUCAGCCCAAAGUCUCAUCAGACUAUGCCACCCUUGAAGCUGAGAGUCUUGACUCUCCGCAUUCGUCCUCCCCAACCACACUGCCAGCUUUCCUCUAUCCAGGGUCGAUUGUUAGGAGAAAGGUAAAGGGUGACGGCCAUCCUCAUACUGUCCUCCACAUCGAACAGGAGGAUAACAAACCCCCAAAAAUCUGGACAUGUCUCUGCACGAGUCGUCCUCGGCUCCGGAAGAUUCGACAACAAUAUGGGAACGCAAAAAAGGUGAAAAGGAACUUCAUCUACCUCGGUGGCGUAAAACUUAACAAGGGUUUCAAAACCGAUGGCAUUGAAAUGCCAACAGUCCCCGAAGUUGAGAUCCAAGGCCCUCCCAUGCCCAAAUGCACAUACCUCGAGCUCAGCUCGUGUCAGGCUUUUGGCCCUGGAGAUUUUAACAGAUUCUCCGGUGGGCAACGCCACCUAAAGCCUUCAAGUUUGGAGAAGGUUAUAAACGAACUGUCCCAAACAAAUACCGAAAUUACAUGGUUGCAAAAACAAAAGAGUCCUCCUGGGAGCGUCCCCGUCGCGCAACCGGAAAUACUCAUGAAAGAAUCUUCGCGUAAGAAUCUUCGACUUGUCAGAAACAUCACUUCAGCCUAG